CGAUAUGACAUAAAAUAAUAUUUUAGUCAUAAUCACGAACAACAACAACCACGACAACAACAACAACAACAAAGUUGCAGACAUCAAAAAUGGUCAAAAUAAAGGGUCUUGCAUUCGAAGAUGUUCACAAAAGACUGAAUUUUCUUUAUCAGGCAGCAUACCAAAGUCUGAUGAGAAAUCCUGAAGAUCUAAGCUUAUGUAGGUUCCAUAUCAAUACCCUGAUGGUUAUUGCAAGGCGGCAGGGAAUUCAGCUGCACCCUGAUAUCAAGAGAUUAAUGUGUAAAAGAUGUUGUGUGUUACUAGUGCCUGGUGUUACUGCAAUUUAUAGAGUCAAAAAAAAACGACAGAAGCAAACAGUUGUGACAUGUCUAGAAUGUGGAACAUUUCGUCGCUAUGUUUACAAUAGAAAGACUGUUCCUUGGAUGGAUAGACCUGAAGCUUGGGUUGAUACAAUAGUUAGUGGACAGCCUGUGACAGUACAGCAACAUAAAGGAGGAACUGACAAGGGUGAAGGCAAGAAGAAAGGAAAGGGAAAGCAGCCAAAAAUAACUGCUGCUGCAUCAAAUGAAAAAUUAAAGAAAGAUCUUGAUAAAGAUAACAUUUCAUUUUCAAAAGAACAUAAUUCAGGACAAAGUGUUUUUUCAAUAACUAAAUUGAAAUCUUCAACUAACAGUUGACCCAUGAGAAAGUUAGACAGAAAAGGUCAGUGAGACAGCAUGUUUGUUUAUGUUAUACAUGUUGCCACGAAGUCCCUGCAUAAAAUAGACAUAGACUAAGAGUAACAAAAGAUCGGACACAAUCUUGUUGUGCAGGGGCUUCUUUGAGCGGUGUUAUGUAUGAUUGUUAUGUUAAUGUUAUAAAUGAAUUAUAUAAAGUGCCAUAACUUUUUUCAAGCUUGGAUACAAUAUGGGUAACAAAAUUUCCAACUACGUUGUAGAGGUUUCUUUAUGAAUUUGCAGAGUAGAAAAUAAGAAAAUUGUAAGCCAGAUAUUUACCUAAUGAUGCAUUUAUGUCACAGAAUUAUGAAUUGAUAAAAUUAAAAAUUUAAUAAGGAA